AUGAAAGUCACUCUCAAAGAAUGGAAUGCCGUUGCAACCUGGCGGUGGGAUAUGCUGGAGGAUGAUGUUUGUGGCAUCUGUCGUGUUCAGUUUGAUGGGACCUGUCCAACCUGCAAAUUUCCCGGAGAUGAUUGCUCAUUGUUGCUCGGAAAAUGCGGCCAUUCCUUCCAUAUGCCACAGCCAUCGGACAUGUCUCUCCCCAAACUCACCCCAUCCCCCCCGCUCGCCUCGUCGCCGUCAAGACAGUCCAUCCGGCGCACUUCGUCCCGUCCACAGAGCAUUGACCAAGCCGCUGCCGCAAACGACCCCCUCGACGAGCACCAAAGCCAUCACGAAGCUGUCGGAACAAUUGCCUCUCGGCUAGCUCAAGGGGGAGAAGAAGCCCAAUAUGAAUCGCAGUUCACGUCACACACCCUCUUUCAGCCGUUCUUCACGCUGAUUGAAGACGCGCAUACCUCCGAAUACUACCACCCAACCGUCCAUUACAUCUUCUCCGACGACGAUACAGAUAUCAUAACAGAGGCUGCAUUACGAUCUCUCGAAGCGGAGCGGGAAAUUUUCCCAAAUGCAAAGGGGAAAUCGAAGCAGCAGGGGCAACGACAACCACCCCCAGAAGGAGAGAAUGGGACGUACGAGGAUGACGGUGGAACAGCAAAGGAACCUCUACUUCCCGAACCAGUCCCUGGCGUCCGCGACAAUUAUAUCAUCCUUGAUAUAGAUCACUUGCCUUCCGAUCACCCCCACGGAGACCCUACUAGUGGGUAUGAGUCCAAGGGACAAACCCCACAAAACUCCCCGCCGACGAAACAACAGCCAGACCAACAUCUGCACCAGCUCUCAGCGUCCCGUCAGUUCACGGUCACUUCAACACAAAGCCUGUCGCCAUCAUGGCAGGUCCUCGACACCCAACUUCUCCCAGCUCCAACCUUCGAAAACAACUCCUCGGGAGAAACCCCCACGAACGGCGGACUGAUGUUACAGAUUCAGGGUACAGCGGGACUCCCUGUGGGCAUGUUAGGGAAGGAUAAGGAACGAGGUAGUCAGCGGCUAGAAGACAUGAUGGAUCAAUUCGCGAAGAGACUAGGUGAAUUAAGACAAGUUAUUGAAAGUGGGGAACGAGGAAUGUCGGUGGAAGGCGGGGAGGCGCUCCAAAAUCCAGAACUCGUCGAUGAGGCGAGCCCUCAAGACCCCUCAAUCGUCCCUACUGGAGAUCCAGAUCCAUCUUAUAAGGCAGAUGAUGUGAUAACUGCAGAACAGCAACAGCCGGGCGCUGAAGGCUUCUCGCAUACUCGGUAG